GUAUGUUUUUCCAGCAUUGUUGAACUUGUAAAUCGAGAAAGGGGAUUCUUCUGCUAACAGCUGAAGUAAACAGUGUCAGAAUCAGAAAUAUUUAUAUUUAUUUCACGUGUUAAAGUGUUUUUGGAAAUGAAUUACAAAUGACUGAUCUCUUAUAACGUAUUGAUGAAUAAUCCAUCAUUACAUAACACUAUGGAUGAUGAAGAUGAUUCCUCAAAUGAGGUCGAUUUAACCAUCAGUGCCAUAGGUUGUCAACCAACAAGACGACACUCAGUGCCCAGUACUUCAAAGGUAGUACCGAAGUCAGAACCGCUAUGCGAUAGAGACUAUGGAGCGCUGGUGGACGUCAAGCCCCGACCUCUUCCCGCUCUUCGGCCUGAGUUUCAUGAUAUCAAAAACAUUCAAAGUUCACCUGCUAUUAGCUGGUCUGGCACUAAUUGGCAAGAUGGAUCAAGGAAGAGUGCAUUUCAGCCAUACAGACCUUCAACACUCUUGACCAAUUUACAAAGAGGUAAUACUCAAACUCAGACCCCUGUCAUUGAGAAAGAAGAAGUCAGCCUUCAUGAAAGAGCUGGCCAGGGAGAGAUAACUGAAGCCGAGCUAGAGCAAGAAAGCAAGACUGAUUCUCCUGAUGAAAAUGGCCUCACACCACUCAUGUGGGCAGCAGCCUAUGGUCAGCUUUCAACUGUGCAGUUAUUUCUAAAGCAUGGAGCACAAAUCGAUAAACUUGGCCCUGAAGGAGAAACACCUUUACUUUUAGCCGCAGCUGCAGGCCACCAUGAUGUUGUUCGAUUACUUCUUAAUGAGGGUGCAGCAGUGAAUCAUGCAGAUGAUAUUGGGAACACUGCAAUAAUGUAUGCUGCCCACGGGGACCAUCCUCACUGUGUAAAUGAGUUACUCCUUCAAGGAGCAGAUUUCUCAGCAACAAAUGAGAACGGGGACACAGCAUAUACCAUGGUGGUGCGAAGUAACAGUCAUCUUGCUCAAGUUGUACUAGAAAAUCACCUAUUGACAUUAUUGACAUGAUGAAAAGAUACAAAUGUGAUAUGGAGAUAGAAUUAGGAAAUGACCAAUGAUGGUUUCGUCAUCUCAUCAAAUUUGCAUUUAGAAUAAUAUUUAAAUCAAAUUCUUUAAUAGAAUUCUAUUGUUACAAAAACUUGAUUUGCUGGCUGUGGUUAAUUCAUAGAACCAUUGAAUGAAUGUAUUUUUGAUCUGGUCUAAUUUGAAUCCAUGGCAUGCUUGAUAGAAGAGCUGAGAUUAGGUACUUUGCAACUAAGAGGGGACUUUUGUCUUUACACUGCAUACAUUGCUUUGCAUUCUUUGAACAAUACACAGGUGUAUGUAUACCUGCCUUGAUACCGACAAAUGAGUGUCCCGAAUAUUUGGAUAGUGCUGGAAAUGUUACAAUUUUUAUUAAGAAAGAUAACUGCAUGAUGACAGUUCUGAAAACUUACAAUAAUGUUACAUACAAAUUUCUUUGUAUUUAAAGAUGUACCAGCUCACAUGGGAUGUUGUUUUGAAAGCAAAUUGUGUAGAUUCAGCUGUGACGUGGGAAAUUGUUUUUUCUGAUUUGAAUUCAGGUUGUGAUGUUCUUAUUUUGUACCAAAAACACACCUUGCCUCUAUUAGUCUUUGCUCAUGAGCUGUUCCACAUUUCACAUAGGUAAUUUAAAAAAAAUAUGCAAAAAGUUGUGAGGGUGUGGGUUAAUAACCCACAAAAUAUCAGUUGUGAAAUUUUAAAUCAGAUUUUACCUACAGAAAACAUUAUGUAAUGUGACCCAAUUAUGUUUUAUCUUGUUUGAAAUGCGUCAAAAAACUCUUUUUAAUAAGUCAAUAAUAACUGAGUUUGAUGGUAUUUUUACUUUAGAGGUAUUUUAUUGUUAAUGUAAGUGUUACUAUUUGUUUAUUUCGUUUAUAUUGUUGCUACUGAAUAUAUAUCUGAACUUCGUCAUGACA